UUCUCCAUACAUUUCCCACUUUUCUUUUAUCGCUGCCGUGUCUCCGGUCUACUCUCUUCCUUGCGACUGUUUACGCAAACCAUUUCUCUCCGUCAACCUCUCUCUCCUUUCUCUCCCCACCUCCGCCCCCUCCUCGCCCCCUUUCCAUGGAGAGGCUCAUCUCUUCUUCGUCGUCCUCCUCCCAAACCCGCCUCGCCAAAACCCCUCUUCUCCAUCGUCGCUUCGCCGAGGCGAGAACGAGAUCCACCCUUCUACGUCUCCGAAGAGCGUCUCCGAGCCCCCCGGGGAGCGCUCGCUUCUCCAAGCAAGGGGAACGCCCACCGCCUAUCGUCGCGGCUUCUUCGCCCCCGGAUCGCCAUGAUUGUGCUGCUCCGAGCGCGAAGAAGAAGGGUGAUCUGGCGGACUCUCCGUGUGCCCAGUUGAGCUCAGAGAGGGAUUUGGCGAGCUUGUUCUUUCGCAAGGUUACUUCGACUGCUAUAGUUGGCGUACUGAUGAUAUUAAUUACACUCACAAUCCAACCUAUCCUUGCUCCUCCUGCUUAUGCAUCAUUCCUAUCUGCAACUAAGACUGGCGGAAAACUUAUCAGCUCAGAGUUACUAAGUAGUGCUUGGACUGGCUUCUUUGCUGGCUGCUUACACACACUUUCCGGCCCUGACCAUCUUGCCGCCUUAGCUCCUUUAUCAAUUGGCCGAUCAAGAAUUGAGAGUGCAGUAGUAGGUGCCCUCUGGGGAUGUGGCCAUGAUGCCGGCCAAGUUCUAUUCGGAUUACUCUUUCUUCUUUUGAAGGACCGCUUACACAUUGAGAUCAUUCGUGCAUGGGGCACAAGAGUUGUGGGCCUGACUCUUCUUAUAAUUGGCGCUAUGGGAAUCAAAGAAGCUUCUGAAGUCCAUGCUCCUUCUAUAGCUCUCGAGAAUGGCGGUGGAAAAAAGAAGAUUGGAUUUGCAACUUUUGCCACUGGAAUUGUGCAUGGUCUUCAGCCUGAUGCACUCAUGAUGGUCUUGCCUGCUCUGGCUCUCCCUUCCCGCUUAGCUGGCGCUGCCUUUCUAGGUAUGUUUCUGGUUGGUACUGUGUUUGCAAUGAGUAGUUUUACAGUCUUUUUGGGUUCGUGUAGUCAGGCACUAAAAGAGAAGGUGCCGAGGAUAACAGAGAAAUUGACAUGGGCUGCUUCUCUUGUUGCUAUAUUUAUGGGGUUAGCAAUUAUAGUUAGCCAAUUUUUUGGGUUUAGUUUGUACUGAUUUGAGCAUAUUCUUUUUUCUUUUUUUUUUUCUCCUUUUCUUUCUCAUUUUGAUAUUUAUCCAACUCUUUUGGAAGUUCAGUCAGAUGCGAAUGGUAGGAAUGAGACCUAACUUUUUUAUCAGCUGCCACUGCAGUUGGCACUUGUUUUCAGAAAUACCAUGGCAAAUGGGUUGAAGUUCUUUUUCUUAUCAGCAGAGGCUGCAUAUUGUUAGCCAUAUUUUGGUUUGUUCUUUGCUGACGAGGCGCGAUAUUGUGUUCCUCAUCCUUUACUUUGUAUGCUUAAUCAGUUUUACUGGCAAAAAAUAGUUUCCUUCUAGCGCUUGUUAUCAGAUCGUUUUUUUAUCCAUUGAAACAA